CGAAACAUUCCUCAAAUUGAUUUAUCGUCAUUUUCGUUUAAGGAGAUCUUUUGAGUGGGGUUUGAUCGGAAUUUUGAAAGCGAAGGAGAGAGAUCGAAGCAGUAAUGGCAGGAACAGCUGGUUUGCUCAAGGUCGUGAAGCCGAAGAUUCAACCGGUGGAUAUCCAAGCCGCCGCUGGAUGGGGAAUCGCCGCCGCAGCCGGUGCCAUCUGGGUUGUCCAACCAUUUGAUUGGAUAAAGAAGACAUUCAUUGACCCACCUCCAGUUGAAGAAAAGUGAGAAAAUCACCAAGAUUUAAGACAAAGUGGAGAAUUUUCCUGUUUCUAAGUUUGUUAUCGCCUCUUUGGCGUGGAGCUGAAUAAAUUUUUGGUUCUUUUCUGGGGAUUUGUGGUUUCAUUUCUUCAAUGUGGUAGACUGACUUGUCUUCUCAAAUGUUAUAACAAAAGAAAAGCACAUUACUCAGGUUAUUUGAAAAGAGAACCAGUUUUGCAUU